UCGUGAAAUUAAUAGCAUCGUUAGUUCUUGGUGGAGGUUUAGGAUAUGGUUUGCUUGUUAUUGCUACACCUGAUAACUCAGAAAUUGUGAAGAAUCUUCCACCUUAUUCAGCACAGAAGCAGGAUCUUUUUAAGCGAUAUAAAGAGAAAACUGAAGGAUUUAUGAACAUAAGGCCAAAUAUUAGUUCCCAGGAAUCCAGGACUCGAAACAGCGCAAACGUUGUUGAAAAAUAGCAUUUAUACAUUAACAUGGAUUCUACGGAACUUAUAGAAGGAAGUUUGCCAGAUCGUAUUACAAAGCGAGAUCGCGAGCGAAAGAAUAUCAUUGAGAGGCGAAGAGAAGAACGACAAUCGCUUGCUGUAGAAUCUGAGCAAAGUAGUUACUUUAAAGAAACAUUUUAUUCUUCUUGCAAGAAAAUCAAGGAUAUGCUGGAUGACGCUCCUAACACACCAACUUCCGCUCUGUCGGGAAUUUUUGAGAAAUCCAACAAAGAAAUCCAGUUGCUUAAGAACUAUUUAUCGCAAUCUAAAAUGUUUCUGAAAGUCUACGACAUAAGACGCGCACAGGAGAAUUUGCAAUUAUUAGAAAAUCAAGCUUCCGAGCUAGAGGUGAAGCUUUUGCCUAAGAAAAAGUUUGGAUUCAAGAAUCGUAGAAUUGUGAAGAAGCCCUCUGACAAGGGACACGACAUCACGGACGGCUUGAAGGAUCUCAAGAUAUCUGAAGGCAUCGUAAAUGGCUCAACCAAGCAAAACAAUAAAUUAUCAAGCAAAUACGGAGACAGUGCUUGCAUGCUGCUGGGUAAAGUGAGCGAGCAACUGGUAUUGGAUGCCGAGAAUGUAAAUAAGAAUGAUAUAUUACUCUCCGACCUAGUUCACUGUACUGUGCGAAUAUAUGGUACACCCAGCACAUUACAUAUGGUGAAUCUGAAACAGUGCACCAUUUUGGUCGGACCGGUGACAUCCUCUGUUUUCGCACACGACUGCAAUGAAUGUGUAUUCGCUUUUGCAUGUCAACAAUUGCGAUUACACUCAUCGACAGACUGUACCAUUUAUUUGCAUGUCACAAGUAGAGCGAUUAUAGAAGAUUGUACAAAAAUACGUGUAGCACCUUACAACUGGUCUUAUGAAGAUCAGACAAGUCAUUUUAAUCUAGCUGGCCUCGAUCCAAAGGUUAACAAUUGGAACUGUAUCGAUGACUUCAAUUGGCUAUCCAGUGAGAAACAUUCGCCAAAUUGGUCUGUUCUAGACCCGGAGCUUCGAGUGAAAACAUGGGAUUAAAUAAAUUCUUGUAAAAAAAUGAAGAAAGCAAUUGACUCUAACAGCUGUAGCCAAAACGUUUUUAAGAAAUCUAAUUCUUCUCUUUUGGAACGUCCAAGUGUCGAUUUAUUUACGUAAAUAAAUUCACAUAUAUACUGUGCUUUUUCACAAGAUGCAAAUGUUAUGUGUUUUAUAUACUUACAACGUCUAAUAAAUUUACUCUUUAUGCAAUAUA